AUGUCCCGGGACCAGCGCUGUGACGACAAUUGGGCAUUGAUUUAUGCACAAAAGCUUGCAAUUCAGAGGUCAGUGCCGCUGCAUGUUGUGUUUUGCCUGGUGCCCAAAUUCUUGGAUGCCACUAUCCGGCAGUUCGAUUUUCUCCUCAAAGGCUUGAAGGAGGACACGGCUGAAUGA